UUCCUUUAAAAAAUUUCUCUUAACAGAAAAGUCACAAUCUCCAGAGAUGAAACCUAUGAUGAGCAUUUUGAGCCUCUUCUUCUUUCUUUUUCUUCAUCAUAGUUUCCUUAGUAAUACUCAAAAUAUUUCUUCAUACAUUUCCAAUUGUGGGAAUCUCACCAUUAAAUACCCUUUCCAAUUACAAUCCCAAAACACUCAAGAAAAUCCAAACUAUAAUAGGUUUUCCCUAAGAUGUACUGAUCAAGGCAAUACACUUCUUAAUAGUCCAUUUUCAGGAGAUUAUCUUGUACAAGAAAUCAACUCUUCCACUAAAGAGCUAAAACUCCAAAAUCCCUCUACUUAUCCAAGAAAGCUUCUAUAUUUAAACCUUUUUUCUUCUUCUUCUUCUUCUUCUCAUAAUUAUACCUUCUCCUUUUUAUCUCAUUUUCAUGGAGAUCUUCGACUAUCGUGGGAUGUUCAUCUUGAUAGUAACAGGACAAGCAGAGAAACCAGCAAUUCCAAUGUUCCAACUCCAAGAACAGAUAGAACUUCACAUAAAGAAAUAAUCUUGAUCUUUUUCGUGGGUGUGUCCCUCGUUUUACCAUCCGUUCUUUGUUUAAUCUGCAUUUCAUGCCGAGUUUUUCUCGAACUAAGCCACCGCCGCCAAGUGGCCGCUGCCAGAGCCUCUAUGGAGAGCUUAGCACCAAUGCCGAUGAUUGUGAUAGAAGGGCUUGAUGAAUCCACGAUUCAGUCCUAUCCCAAAGUGGUUCUUGGUGAAAGCCAGCGAAUUUUGGGAAUAAACGUUAUGACUUGCGCAAUAUGCUUAGGUGAGUACAGUGCAGGAGAAACACUGAGAUGCAUACCUGAAUGUGAACAUUGUUUUCAUGUUGAAUGUGUUGAUAAGUGGUUGAAGAUGAAUAGCACUUGUCCUGUAUGCAGAAAUUCUCUUCAUUCAUGAUCUUGUGCAGAUGCUUUAUAGCUUCAGUGACUUUGACUUGAAUCUUGUAUUUCUAUAAAUAUUUUUUCUCAACAUAAUAUGAACAAUAGAUUA